AAGCUCUACAAGCUCCGGCGCCCGCAAACCCGCAAUUGCACGUCCACGCAAUCCAUACGACCCCUCGGAACACUCCGCCUAGAUCAACGCAUUUCGCAAUGGCAAUGGCGACCCCCACCGAACCCAGCAUACCGCCCGCAACCAGCCUCCCCAGCAAAAAGCUGCCCUCGAAUCCCACACCACUCUCCGCGCCGCAGGAACAGCAAGUCCGCGACCUGUACUACAAAAACGUGCGCUCGAAAUGCGCUUCAGAAAUCGCAGCCUUUGCAACCUGCGCAACCGGCCGAACCUUCACAAUGGCGUGGGCGUGUAGACAGCAGAAACUCGCGAUGAACAACUGCAUGAUCCAGUACCAGAACCAGGAGGAGUUUGACAAGGCGCGGGCGGAGUGGUUCCAGUUGGCGGGGGAGAGGAAGAGGCAGAGAGAAGAGAUGGAGCGUAAGAUAGAGGAGGGGAGACGGAAGCAUAAGGAGUGGUGGGGGCUGGAUGAGGAGGGGAAGUUGCAGGGGAAGAGGGUGGAGGUGCAUGAGGAGGAGUUGAAGAAGAGGUAGCGAAGAUAGUGGGUGAUAUAAUAUCGGGAUCGAGCGAAUCUAGGUUUUCCCCGGACGAGGUCACAAAGGAAGAGGGGAGAAGGGAAUGAAAAGAGGAGGUUGAUUUCGAUUGGAUUGCAUUGGCAUGGCGUAUUUGGAUGGGAUGUAUAGCACGAGCGUUCCGCGGGCUUUUCGCAUGAGCGCGCUGUAUUACUAGAGACGCUUUUUGCGACGAGCAAAAAUAUUGUUGUACGAUAUUCGAGACCUUUUGAGCAUCUAGGAAGUAGACGCUUGGUAUGGAAAAAGAAUUCAGCUCUGGUAUACCCCC